GACGCUCAGGACACUGUGUGUGACAGUAAUCACACCUUGAAUCAGGAUGAAUCUACUGAUCAAACCUCCACAGAGUCUCUGGAUUCUGUCUGUAACGCUGGAGAACAGCAGAUCCUGAACACCAGACCACUCAACAUGUGUUCUGUCACACUGAUGGAGAUCAAAACAGAACCCACGUCAGAGGAAGAUCAGACCGAUGAAGAUGAGAAUCUUGAUGAUGAUGGUGGGGAUGAUGAUUUUAUACCUUCAGAUGAGAGCGGUGAUUCAUGUUGUGAUGGAGAAACGGCCUCUACAUCAAAACAGCGACUGACAGCACAAACUCUUUCCUGCAUCACCUGUGGAAAGACAUUCAGUUCACAGAGACGUUUAGAGACACAUGAGAGAAAACACACAGAACAGAAACUCUUCACCUGCACCAGAUGUGACAUCAGCUUUCCUACCUUACAAGAGAAGAAACUUCAUUCACAAGAGCACAGAUACCAGAAACACUUUCACUGUCAGCCGUGUGGGAGGAACUUUCUCUACUCGACUAGUCUGAAACGUCACAUGAGGACACACGGUGACGUAAAGCCUUUCCACUGCAGUGAAUGUGAUAAAUGUUUCAGCUGCAAAACUCAUCUUGUUCUUCAUCAGAGAACUCACACGGGAGAAAAACCGUACGCGUGUCCUCACUGUGAGAUGAGAUUCAGCCAUGGAGGCAAUCUGAAGCAACACGUGCGUUUACACACCAAUGAGAAACCGUAUGAGUGCAGUGAAUGUGGAAAAGCCUUCACACAGUCAAGUUCUUUAAAGAAACACCAAAAAAUACACUCUGAGGAGAAACUCUAUCAGUGUUCACACUGUGAUAAACGCGUCCGUCAUAAAUCUCAUCUGUUAUGUCAUGAGAGAACUCACACUGGAGAGAAACCUUACCUCUGCUCUCACUGUGGAAAGAGUUUUGCUCAUCCAAGUACUUUCAAACAUCAUCAGAGAAUUCACACUGGAGAGAAACCUCAUCACUGCAGUGUUUGUGGAAAGAGUUUCAGUCGACAUGACAAUUUAGUGACACACCUGAGAACUCACACAGGAGAAAGACCUUACAAAUGUUCUCAGUGUGACAAGACGUUUACUCAAAGAGUUCUCAUGAGAAUCCAUCAGAGAGUUCACACUGGAGAGAAACCUCAUCACUGCUCCAUCUGUGGAGAGAGAUUCUCUCAGUUAGGACGUUUUCAGAGUCAUCAGAAGAAACAUGCUGAAGAACUAACUGACUUGGGAAAAACAUUGAUAGUCAUGACGUCACAGGCUGAUGGGAUGUGCUCCAGACACACACAGGACUCGGAGCUCAGCCUCGCUUUACUCUGUUAUACUGACACAAACCCCACAGACGCUCAGGACACUGUGUGUGACAAAGAUUUUAAUGCUGUCGUGUUUCUUUCAGAUGAGAGCAGCGAUUCAUGUUCUGAUGAAGAAUCGGCCUGGACAGAAGAGGAAACUGAAGAAAAACCGUACAAGUGUCCUCGCUGUGUGAAGAGAUUUUCCAAAACAUCUCAUGUUAAGAGUCACCUGCGUUUACACACCAACGAGAGACCGUAUCUGUGCAGUGAAUGUGGAAAAACCUUUAGGCAUUUAAGUGCUUUAAAGUCACACCAAAAAACACACACUCAAGAGAAACUCCAUCGAUGUUCACACUGUGAUAAAAGUUUCCGCCAAAAAUCAUAUUUGAGUAUUCAUGAGAGGAUUCACACGGGAGAGAAACCUUACCUCUGCUCUCACUGUGGAAAGAGCUUCUCUGAUCCAAAUACUUUUAGAGGUCAUCAGAUAACUCACACCGGAGAGAAACCUUAUCUCUGCAGUAUCUGUGGGAAGAGUUUUUCAACUUUACGUCAUUUCAAAGCUCAUAGAAGAGUUCACACUGGAGAAAAGCCUCAUCCCUGCGAUGUUUGUGGGAAGAGUUUCAGUCGACCUGACAAUUUAAGGACGCAUCAGAGACUUCACACUGGAGAAAGACCUUACAAAUGCCGUCAGUGUGACAAGGCGUUUACUCAAAAUGUUCUCCUGAAACUCCAUCAGAAAGUUCACACUGGAGAGAAAUCCACCCGUCUGUCUGUAAAGAAAGAUUCCUUGUCUGAGAGGUUUUCAGACUCACCAGAAGAUGAAGGAACCUGAACAGACAAUCUGUCAGAACAACAGGAAAACCCUUCAUAAAAGAUUUAGACAAUCACACAAUUCACAUCAGUUUUGUUUUCUCAUUACUGUGGUACUAACAUCAGCUCUUUAUAUCUCUGUAGAUAUUUAGAUUUAAAGAACCAAUCAGAUUUCUCUCUCAGAUCAGUUGAUGUGCUGUGAGGUUCUGAUGGACUCCAGCAGAUGUUAAUACUGAACACAUCAUGGAUUCACUUUGACUGGAUCAUUCAUGACACUUUAAUGACUCUGUUGUACAUUUGGACUACAUUUAUGAUUCUGUUCCUUUAGUCAGUGACAUAAAUCACAGUCUUCAUUAAAUUGUUUAUUAACUCUGGUGAAUUGUCUGCUGUCUAUUGCUGAGUCUUACAGUGUUUGAGUUGUGAGGUUUCUGCUAACCAAGACUGUCAUUGUCCAAGUUGACCAUUAAAAUCGUCACAGUCUCCAUUGCACAUUUGUGUCCGAGAUUUCCUCACGUUAAAAAAUAUUUUUUUACUCAUUGGGUUCCCAUGUGGUGGAAUGAACUACCAGCCUCCACCCAAACUGCAGCAUCCUUCACAACUUUCAAAAAACACCUCAAAACAUACCUGUUCCGCAUUUAUUUGACUAACCAAUAACUCUGUCUGUCUAAAAUAAAAAAAAUGUUGUUGUUUAUUCUCUCCUUUGCUUCCUCCAGCUUUAAUCCUCUAGUAGCAUGGCCUUGUAAACUAACGCUACUGUUUAGCGUGUUGACAAAAUGUUUAUAUGCUCUUCUACUUGUAAGUCGCUUUGGAUAAAAGCGUCUGCCAAAUGAAUAAAUGUAAAUACGACCUCACAUUAUGUCAAUCACAUUUACUCACUGCCUCCGAUAUUUUCGUCUGUCAUAAAAAAAUUCGGAUUGGGUUUGAUUUUCUGCAUUUUCGCAUCCGUAGCAAGCAUUUUGAGAGGCGUUUUGACAAUUCGGAGACACCGUACAAACGAGCGCCAAAUGCGAAAAAACGCAUACGAAACUAUAUGUGCGAAGACCUUUACUGUUUCUUCAAAGUGGUAUAUUCAGCCCACUGAUCAUUCAAGUGGUCCAUGUUUUGUUAAAGUUUUAAUGUAUGUAAGUUAUUAUGUAGAUGUAGUGAUUGCUAUUUGUUUACAGAUUUGCUAUAAGGCUGUUGGAACUACUUUUUAAUUUUCAUAAAAACCUUUUCACACCCAGAUUCUCUUUUA